AUGAUGAAUAUAUUUUCGGUGGUUUCGGGUGCUGCUUCUGCUUGCAAGCCUAUGGUGAGUUUCCAACCGCCACUAAUGGAUAAUGAUAGUUUAAGGUUUCAACAACAACGUCGUAAAGAGAAAGUUGUUGUUGUCAUGGGUGCUACCGGAACCGGGAAAUCCAAGUUGGCGAUAGACAUAGCGAAUCAUUUUCCACCGGCAGAGAUUAUCAACUCCGACAAAAUGCAAGUGUUCAAAGGACUUGACAUCACAACAAACAAAGUCACCGAGGAAGAGUGUCGUGGGGUCCCACAUCAUUUACUAGGGACCGUUGAUCCUGAUUCGAAUUUCACAUCGAACGAGUUUUGUGAGCAUGCGACGCUCGCUACAGGUUCCAUCGUGGGAAGAGACGGGUUACCUAUUAUAGCCGGUGGUUCAAAUUCGUAUAUUGAAGCUUUGGUUAAUCACCACCAUGAGUUUCGUAUGAAAUACGAAUGUUGUUUUCUCUGGGUGGAUGUUUCUAUUCCCGUGCUUCAUUCGUCGUUAUCUGCACGUGUGGAUCGCAUGAUUGAAGCGGGUCAAGUUAAUGAAGUUCGUGAGUUUUUCAACCAAAAAAAUUUUGAUUAUGAUUACACGAGAGGGAUACGAAGAGCCAUUGGUGUACCUGAAUUCGACGAGUUUUUUAGAAGUGAGUUACAAGGUGUAACAGAUGGGAGAACAAUGAAGAAGCUUCUAGAAGUUGCUGUGGAUGCUCUUAAAAUAAAUAACUGUACCCUUGCAAGUAAACAAGUUCAGAAGAUUCAUAGGCUUUAUGGUAUGUGGAAGAAGAACAUGCACCGUCUUGAUGCUACGGAGGUUGUGCUUAAGAAAGAUAAUUGGGAAGAUCGUGUGUUGGCAAAGAGUCUUAGGAUUGUUCAUAAGUUUCUGUACGAGGAUUGCUCACGUGUCACAAGUGGUGGUGGAGCUGGUGGUGGUGUGCCGGCAAAAAUUGCGUCUGUGGCAGGGGUAACCCAUUAG